UGUUUUUGUGCGAAUCUUGCUACAUCAGCAUUUAAAAAAUGCACGUUGCACCUAUUAAAUUGUUUACAUAUUCCCACCAAUAAUUAAUUUGAGCUUAUAAUAAUUAUUGCUGUGUUUCAUUCCAGAUAAAAGUUUUCUUUUUUUUAUUGAAUCAAAUUACGUUCCACUUAAGCAAAGUCAAAUCUUGCUCAUUCCCAUUAAGUAAGCUUAAAAAAGCAACAGGUUCCGGUGCAUUAUUAUUUGAAGAACCAAACUAACCAAAUUUUUGUGCUAAAAUUUAAACCGGCUUUAUUCAUUUAUUUAAUUAAUUAUAAAUCAAAUAAAUAACAAUAUGAACGCCAUUCACAAAGGUUGGUUUAGCGAAAUCCAAGAUGACCUUUGGCCAGGUCAAUGUUUUUCUCUGAAAGUUAAGAAAAUACUUCACGAGGAAAAAUCAAAGUUUCAAGAUAUCAAAAUUGUCGAAACAGAAACUUUUGGAACGUGCCUGAUUCUUGAUGGAAUCAUUCAAUGCACUUCUCGUGACGAAAUGUCUUACCAAGAGAUGAUCUCAUUCUUGCCUUUGUGUUGUCAUCCGGAACCUCGCAAAGUGCUUAUUGUUGGAGGGGGUGAUGGCGGUGUUGCCCGGGAAGUUGUCAAGCAUCCUGAUGUCGAGGAAGUCCAUCAGGUGGAGAUUGAUGACAGAGUCGUAGAUCUGUCCAAGGAAUAUCUUCCAAAAAUGGCAUGUGGCUUUGACCAUCCCAAAUUGCGUCUUACGAUUGGAGAUGGCUUCGAAUACAUGAAGCAACACAAGAAUGAGUUUGAUGUUAUCAUAACAGAUAGCUCUGAUCCAAUUGGGCCAGCUGUUAGCUUGUUCCAAGAGAGCUAUUAUGAAUUGAUGAAAAAUGCUCUCCGAAAAGGUGGUAUCGUUUCAUCGCAAGGAGGCAGUUUCUGGCUAGAUCAGAAUUAUAUUAAAAAAACAAUGUCUGGUUGUAAGCAACAUUUUGCACAGGUUGCAUAUGCUGUGACAUCAGUUCCAUCGUAUCCAUGUGGUAAUAUUGGAUUUGUUAUUGGAAGUUUGGAUACAUCAAGAUCACUUCGCGAUGAACCAGCAAGACAAUUUACUAACAAAGAAAUUGAUAAAAUGGAUUUGAAGUAUUAUUCGACGGCCAUGCACAAAGCUGCCUUUACAUUGCCUCGUUAUAUUGAAAAACAUUUUUAUGAAACUUAAUUCGAAGAAGGAAGUGGCAAAUUAUGCUGAAUAAGAAUUAUUUUGUACAGAAUUAUUGUAGAUUUAAAUAAUGUUUGUUGUAAUAUUUUUUUUUUUGAAAAUCGAAUAAAAAUUUAAUGAAAUACGACUAA